GGCAGAGAGCACCCUGCUACAUUUCCUAAUCGUGGGGUUGACGUGCAGGCGGAAGAGCUGAAGUGAGCUGGUCACGAUGCUUGUGCUUCUCCCGUGCAGCCGGCUGGCCCUGGCUCUGGCUCUCGCCCUUAUCCUGGUUUUGGGUUCUUCAGUUCAAGGUUUACCUGUGCAGAGAGCCAGGUACCAGUGGGUUCGCUGUAAUCCCGACAGUAAUUCUGCAAACUGCAUUGAUGAAAAGGGACCGAUGUUCGACUUACCUCCAGGUGAAUCCAACAGAAUACUCCCUCCAAGGACUGACCCUUUUCAAAUGACGAGAACCCAGAACUUGAAUGAUGUCUUCCCUCUUUCUGAGGACUAUUCUGGCUCUGGCUCUGGCUCAGGAUCUGGAAGUGACGCCCUGACUGGAAUGGAUCAUGAAUACCAACCAGUAGAUAGAAACGAUGCUUUUUAUGAUGACUUUAAGUCUGUGUCCUCAGACGACCAGGACUUGGGUCAGGAUGGACUAGAAGAUAAUUUUAUUAUAUAAAUAAGAGGGUUUCCCACCUUGACACCAGGCAAUGCAUUCAGUAUAUUUUGUGUACCAUAGUAAAAAGAUUACUUUUGGGAUAAAAAGUUUUAUAGAAAUUUUAAAACACCUGACUUAUUUACUUUUUAUCAUCUGCCUAGAAAAGAAGUCUUAUCAUUCUUAUCUCGUGGAUUAUUAAAGUCUCCUUUAUCUAGACUAUUUUCCUAGAAAAGUACUUGCAUUUCUUUAUAUCAUAUUCAACCAACAUCACUAUGAAAUUAACUAGGUUCCGAAUGUCUACAAAGUUGCUUUAAAGAAUAAAUUGCACUGUUUUUCUUUUUAAAAAAUCAGUUUGAGAAACAAAUUGUCAGGCAGUAUUUCAUACCUAAGUCUUCACCUGACUGAUUGUGAAUUAUAGAUAUGUCCUUUUUUUAAUGAAAAAAAAAAGAUGAGACAGUGAAUUUAUAGGGUGGAUAUCUGACAUGUUUUACAGUGUAAAGUGUACAGCUCUAACAUUUCCACUGGAUGCAUUGGCAGAGCUGCUGGACGUGGUUUGUUUAAAAGUAUGGUUGUUGUUACAGUGACAAACUUAGGCCCAAUUAAAGCUCAGUUUUGCUCUCAAUACCUCGCACUGCUUUACCUUUUUCCUGGAUAUCUGUGUAUUUUCAAAUGUUAUUCUAUUAAAGCAUGAGU